AUGGAAAUGGAAAUUGCCAACUUCAGUGAUGCGCUGAUCAACCUCAACGAGUCCGACAAAGAGGAGUGUGUGGAGGUGUACGAAAAUUAUGAGGAACUGGAGAAAUGGCUGCUUGGUAAGGCUUUGGAAAGCCCCGAAAUCUCAGAGAAAAUUAUAAAAAACUGAAAAAUAUGGCGCUACGAUUUUUUGAGCCAACGACAGUUUGGGUUGACGAUACUAGGGGGCCACACGUCAAACUGAGGAGUCCGCUGACCGGAUAGACUCUUCGCUAUCGGUUUUUUUCACUUCGUCUUGAUUUCGCAGAGAAAGAGAGAAAAGAGACACGCAAAAACCUACUCUCUCGCCCCAAAAAUUCCCCAUUUCUUCCCCGACAAAACGUUUUUUCGCGUCUUUUUUUGGCAAAUUUCCAACCCAUUCACCGGACUGUUUUAGCUUAUCUCAGUUUGAUGUGGGCCAGGUCUCCGCUAAAGCCAUUCAAAACAGCAUGUUAGAAAACCUAUAGCCGUGUAGGAUCAACGACAAAACUUAUCCGUAAUAAGCAAUUUCAGAGGCCUGUUGGCGAUCUUUAGAGGAGAAGAAACUGCCUACAAAACGACAAUUUCCUUCAUAGACAAGAAAACUUUAUACCCCUAGCAAUUUUUUGCACAGAAAUUUCACUGUCAUUAUACAGCGAAACCUCUGUAUAACAGACCACAAGCCAUCACAAACUUUGUUCGUUAUAGAAAGGUUUAGCCCUACAAUGAGUCAAAAUUCCUAGCUGAUUUUUAACGUCUGCACUGUGGAAAAAAGUGAAGAUGUGAGCGACAGCCCAAAAAAGCCUAUUGCACGGUACAAAAAAAAAAGAAAUUUCACAGUGAAAAGAAAACUUUUGUUUUUGCAUAGCGAGUUUCGCCAAAAUCGCUCCUGCGACUUUCCAGACGGAUAAGUAUAUUAUAAUAUACGAUCUCUUUCUUUUCCCUUAACUUCUACAGUAGCUGAUCUGAUCUAGUGGCUAAAAACGUGCCAGUUUACAUCCGGGAAGUAUCAAAAAAUGUAGCAAAAUACCUCCCUCUCCAAGUGAAAAAACUCCGAUUUCAAAAGCUCGCUCGUUCUUUUUGUGAGGGAAGCCCUUCAAAACGGGGUUUUUUAGUUGAAGAGGGAGGCAUUUUGCCACGUUUUUGAUACUUCUGGAUGCAAAGUUUUUACGUUUUUUACCACUGGAUCAGGUCCGUCACUGUACAUGAUGUCACCAAAAAAAUUAUCAAUUCAGUUAUGUAUUUUCAGGAGUAGUGGCGCUGCCAUUCAUCCUUGUCGGGCUGUCCGCCAACUUCAUGUCCAUGCUGAUCUUCUCCCACAAAAACAUGCGCUCAAACAUGGUGAACUGGUACCUGAUGAUUCUGGCCGCGUCCGACUCGGUGAUUCUCAUAUCCUCGUUCAUUGUGCUGACCCUACCGCGCCUCGGCGAAAUCCUGCAUUUCUGGCGGCUGACGUGGAUCAGCUACUACCUGGUGCCAUAUUGGUACGCCCCAAUGGGCUCGGCCCAAACCAUCUCGGUGUGGAUGACGGUUGCCAUGUCGCUGCAUCGCUUCAUCGGGGUUUGCCUGCCCUUCAAGGCGAGCAUUUUGUUGAACAAGAAGAGGGCGAAAGUGGCCAUCAUUGCGGUGGUGGGCUUUGCCAUCAUCUUCAACAUGACCCGAUUCUUCGAGGUGAGUCUUUUUUUUUGUUUGUUUUGAGGGUAAAAUACGCAACGAUAACCAAUGUCUUUGUUACUAGUCCGAUAAGUUGCUGGAGCAAUUUUUGGCGUAAAAAUGAAAUUUUGUUCUCGCAACUGUUCUCUGCAUGUCGCAAAAAUCAACUUUCCGAACGGACCGAACAGACUUUCUUAAAAAUUUUUUUGAAAUGUCAUACAUUGAUUUUCACAAACGCAAAAACGCUAUCAUGCUUUUCAACUCAAACAAAGCCUACUGUAAGCUGUUUGCCAACUGAAAUAACCGAAAAUCGCCUUUUGUCUUUCGCUAUAUAAGGAUGGUGACAUACCAAUCAAAUCGGGUUUCAUGGCCAGAAACCGUCAUUUCUUGUCUGUAAGGCUUCUAGACAAGACAUGCGGAAUUCUUCGCAAUUUGAGACAAGAAUUACGCAUUUCUUGUCUAGAAGCCUGACAAGCAAGAAAUGGCGGUUCCUGGCCACGAAACCCCAUUUGAUUCGUAUGUCACCAUCCUUAUAUCCUGGUCGUUUUUCGCACUAUCUCACUUCAAAAUGUUGUAGCAGCAUUUGGCAUGAAAAACAUCACCUAAAAUCCACAUAAAUAUUCUGAACCCUGUUUAGAUUACUUUUGAAGUCUUCAUGAACUUCUGCAGAUAGAUUUUUCAGCAGGUACCUUAUGUAUCACUCCGAAAAUAGCUAACUUAUAGAUAGAGAGAUGAUUUUCAAUGAUAUUUUACCCUCCAUCAGUCUGUCGGGAAGAUAAUGAACACUCUGUCGCAUCGAAAAUCGCAUCGCCGCUGAGAAAAUACAGUGGGGGACCUGACCCAGUGGCAAAAAACGUGCCAUUUUGCAUCCGGGAAGCAUCAAAAAUGUGGCAAAAUACCUCCUUCUCCAAGUGAAAAACUCAGAUUUCAAAGCGCGCCCGCUCUUUUUUGUGAGGGAGCCCUUUAAAACGAAGUUUUUUCACUUUGAGAGGGAGGCAUUUUGCCACAUUUUUGAUACUUUCCGAAUGCAAAAUGGUACGUUUUUUGCCACUGGAUCAGGUCCCCCCGUUGUAAAUUGUGUCGCAGCAAAAUCAAAUUUCUUUUUCCUUUAGCCACACGAUCGGCCCAACGACAUUCUGCUCAUUAUUUUCCCGACAGACAAUACUUAUUUUCUCGCCCAACUCCAACUUGAUUUCAGGUUGAGAUUGUCCGAGUCUGCCGCCACACUCCCAUCAACGCCGAGCUCCCCAUUUUCCAUCCCACACCUCUCCGACUGUCCAGUCUUUAUCGCCGCCUCUACUACGAAUACGCCUACACAUUGGUCAUGUUUGUGAUUCCGUUCACAAUACUGAUCGUCGUCAACUCGAUGGUGAUCUUGGCCAUUCACAAGAGCAGGCAGAUCCACGCCAAGCUAAACGUUUACGAUGACGGGACGAGGAAGCAGGAGAUUGCCAAGGAAAUCAGCACUUCCAUCAUGCUGGUGGCGAUUGUGGUGGCGUUCCUGCUUUGUAACACCUUGGUAAGUGGUUGGGCUUGAAUUUAAGGCAAGGGGUGGCCGUGCAAAAUUUUAUUUUCUGUUGGAAAAUUUAUGAAAUUCAUUAUUUGACCAAGAAAUUUUGAAAAAUUGACUUGAUGUAUAUGUUCAGCCCUAUAUAACAUAUUAUACGAUGACCUUUCGAUUUUCCAAAAAUUCAGCAUAAAUUUUUUGUAUAGGUUCAUCGCCGAGACUUUCAGCCAUCAGCGAACUUAUUACGCAAUCUUUUUCCGAGAGAGCACGCAAAAUUUGGAGACAUUGAGAGAAAAGAGACGUUUUUCGGCAAAAUCUUUGCGAAUUGCGCUCGGAAAAAAAUGAUUUUUUGUAGAAAUAUUGUGCUCACUAUCUGCAUCAUUCAAGACGGAAAAUCAACAAAAAAAUUGUCGAUUUUUCAAGAAAUUUGGAGAUUUUAAAAAUUUUAGGUCACCUAUCAAGUGCAAUAUAAAAAAAACCCUCUAACUCCCCAAUUUGCAGACCUUUGUCGUGAACAUCCUCGAAAACUGGGGCUACCCGAACUACCUAACAAUGCUGGUGCCGUGGAGCAAUUGGCUGGUGAUGACCAAUGCCUCAAUUAACAUCUGCAUCUACUGCAUGUUCAGCGACAAAUAUCGGCAAUUAUUUUGGUAUUAUCUGCGAGUGCUGGGAUGCUGUGGAUGUCGGCAUGACUUCGAGGUCAUUGUGAAUCAUACCUGGUCGUAA